AUGCCGUCGCCUCUCCGCUGUCUCCUGCUCGCCUUCGUCGUCGUCCUCCUCUCCGGCCUCCCCCGUCUCGCCCACCCCUUCACGGCUCUCGAGUCCGACCAGGUCGCCCGCUUCCAGGAAUACCUCCGCAUCCGAACGGCGCACCCGUCCCCCGACUACGCGGGCGCCGCCGCCUUCCUCCUACCCUACGCCGCUUCGCUCGGCCUCCACACCACCACGCUCCACUUCACCCCGUGCAAGACCAAGCCGCUCCUCCUCCUCACCUGGCGGGGCUCCGACCCGUCCCUCCCCUCCGUGCUCCUCAACUCCCACAUCGACUCCGUGCCCGCGGAGCCCGAGCACUGGGCGCACCCGCCGUUCGCGGGGCACCGCGACCCGGCCACGGGCCGCGUCUACGCGCGCGGCGCGCAGGACGACAAGUGCCUCCCCGUCCAGUACCUCGAGGCGAUCCGGGGCCUCCAGGCCGCGGGGUUCGCGCCCGCCCGCACCGUCCACAUCUCGCUGGUCCCCGACGAGGAGAUCGGCGGCGCGGAUGGGUUCGACAAGUUCGCCCAGUCGGAGGAGUUCCGCGCCCUCAACAUCGGGUUCAUGCUCGACGAGGGGCAGGCGUCGCCGACGGAUGUGUUCAGGGUCUUUUACGCGGAUAGGCUGGUGUGGAGGCUCAUCGUGAAGGCGGCGGGGGCGCCGGGGCAUGGGUCGAGGAUGUUCGACGGCGCUGCCGUGGACAAUUUGAUGGAUUGCCUGGAGACCAUCGCUGGGUUCAGGGAUGCGCAGUUCAGGACGGUGAAGUCCGGGGAGAGGGGUCCCGGCGAGGUGGUCUCGGUGAAUCCUGUGUACAUGAAGGCCGGCAUACCAAGCCCCACGGGUUUUGUGAUGAAUAUGCAACCUUCAGAAGCAGAGGUUGGCUUUGAUCUCCGCCUUCCUCCAACUGAAGAUAUUGAACAGAUCAAACGAAGAGUCAAAGAGGAAUGGGCACCAGCUCAUAAAAACUUGACCUACCAGCUAAUACGGAAAGGUCCAGUAACAGAUGUGGCUGGACGUCCCAUAUUCACAGCAACAAACGAGUCAAACCCAUGGUGGCCCAUAUUUGAGAAGGCUAUCACCUCCGCGGGAGGAAAGCUAUCUAAGCCUGAGAUUUUAUCUUCAACCACAGAUUCACGCUUUGUGAGGCAAGCUGGGCAUUCCUGCCCUCGGUUUCUGGAAGAUAAGGUAUUCCUGAGGGGCAUCAAAGUGUACGAACAUGUCAUUAGAGCACUAAGCUCGUUCCAAGGCUGA